GAAGCAACACUGCGCUCAUGGCGGCGCCUUCGCGUUGUCGUCGUGUUUCAGCUCAUAUUCGCUGGACGCGGCGGCAGCGGCAUGAAACCACGGAUUGACUGAGAAACGCACGACCGCGUUCGGUGGCGUGGCGACGCAACGUUUGCAGGCGACUUUGGGAUCAACCGAGACCUGACAAGCACCGCCUGCAACGCUUUCACCGAUCGGCGUUCGUUGUGCGGACACUGCCGGCAAGCACUCACCGCUGUUCCCUUCUUCGCUCCUGCUGGUCUUCGUUACGGUCGCUUGGUCUUUGCGGCGGUGGUUUGCGUGCACACACACACACGUGCGCGCGUGGUCGCAGCUGCUGUGCUCGUAACUCAUCGCUUGAGAGUGAUUUGUGUGGCAACCGCGCUGGACGUCAUGGCCCACAGCGGAGGGGGCGGCGAGGACGCGACGACGCCCGGCGAAGCGCAGCAGCCGUCUUCGCCCGUGGAGAUCACGCAGCAGCCCCGAGUGACGUUCGACCUGGCAACGGUUACACGGCGGUGCUCGCCUGAGCAACAAGACACUCACAUGGAUGAAGAACUGCAGGCUCUGGGGCUUUGGGAGGAAGACAUGACUGAGGAGCAAAAGGUGGAGCUGCUGAGGGUCGUGGCUGCUUCCAAAGAGACAGCACAGAGGGAGGAGGCCGUGAGGCAGGGCCACUUUGCACCAGUCAAGCACCAUGUCCCACCAGUGUCGACUGAAACCCGGGACCACAUUACUUGGGACAGAAAGGUUCCUGUAACUGUCCUGGUGAAUAACAUGAAGUCCAGCCCAGCAAAGGGAGGCCAUGCAACGUCACCACAAGAUUGGUGGGCCACAGAGGGCAGCGACGAUGACGAGUGGCCCACACCGAGCAGUGCCAAGCAAUCUAGACCCUCCAGGCGACAGCCAGUUGCACUCAAGUCAACGGUGCGCCGAGUGUACAGCAUGGAGCACCGACUCAACUUGCAGUGGGGAAAGACAGAUGAAAAGGAGCUGGAAGAUGCCAGGUUGUCCCGUGUCAGCCUGAAUGCUGAAGGCCCAGCUGGCCCCAAUGUUUUGUGCAAUGGUGGAUGGACGAACCUACCUGCUCUGCUCGAGUCGUGGUCGUCGAUGCAUGCCGCGCUGAAGCAGGCCCAGUCAUCGCCGGGACUGCCUCUGCGGCCGUGGAGCGAAUGCAGGGAGGCACUUCCGUCACUGCUCAGCAUCCAGGACAGCAGGCCACGAGAGUUCGGUAAAGCAACACAGCUGGUAAUACCUGGCCCAAGUGGCCUCGGCACGUCUGCACAUGGACAGGAUGAGUGCAACUCUGGAGAUUCUACUCCGGAGAUUCCCGGGUACAACCGGCAUGGCUGGAGCGCUAUACGCCGUUGCCGCCGCCGCCGCCGCAGGAGCAGGCGGCAGAGAAGCUUGGUGAUGCGAAGCAGCGUGAACCUCCGUGAGGUCAUGAUGUGCAAGCGAGAUGAAAAAGGCCCUGACCUGUGCUCCGCCAGUGCCAUGGAUGCCAGCAGCGACACUUAAAGCUGCCACGGGACCUGAGUCAGAGCUGCCACUUGGCCGCCGUUCUUGCCGACGGGUGAGAAGAGGGUCACUGUGGUUUCGCAUGGAUGCUCAAAAGAAUAUUUUUGCACUCUUGUGUUCUCACUCGCAGUCUUUCUUUUGUUUUGCAUUCUACAAGAAUAAAUCCAGUAUUCUUGCA